GACUUGUACUUAACGAACAGAUCGAAAUGAUACGACAGAUAUGUAAAAUUACUUUUCAAAGGUGGCAAACAUGUUUUGUUUGGUAUUUUGAAAAGGGAAUGCAAAAGGAAAAAGUACAAUGUAGAAGAUAUGUCUGAAUUCAUAAAGUCAUCUGACCAUACCGAAAUGGAGAGUGAAAGAAAAGAUUGGAAUAGCAAUCCAUCAAAUUGGGAUGUAUGGCAACUGUCGAUAUUACUAUUAGACAAGUUUGACGAGGAUUUAAGUGCAAAUGAAGUAAAGGAAAUUGCCAAUAUACGCAACGCAGUUACAAAUUAUGCAGAGGCUAUAGUUGCCUCUUUAGACAGUGAUCGCUUUAUUCCACUAUGGACUAACUUGGUCAGUAGCAUUAGAAGUAUGUCGAUGGGUUUAGACGCGGAUAUCAAACAGCAGUGCGAUGAUCUAAUUGAUAAUUGUUACAAGGAAGCUGAAGUCGACCUUACAUUUCUUAAACGGUAUUUUCCAAAAAUCAGAACAUUAACAGAUGAAUACAAAGUACUAGUGAGGCAAAUCAAAGACUUAUUACAGGAAAUGAAGGAACACAAAAUACCAUUUCAGGAACCCCAAAGUAAGUAG